CGUGUGUCCGUGUGAAGUUGUGGCUGAAGUUAGUUUCCUGUCCCUCUCUCUCUCUCUCUCUCUCUCUCCCUCUCUCUCUCUCAGGUUUGGCUCAUGGGCUCAGGUCUGUAGGUCAGACGGGGUCAUGAGCGGACACGCGGUCCCGGUGGACUUCAGCGGACACAUGUUGGACCUGGACGAGGACGAAGACCUGGAGGUGUUCAGCAAGAACACGUCCCUGGCUGAUGGCGGUCCCAUGCCCAACUCCCCCAGCUCCCUGGUCAACCAGUACCGCCUGGAGGAGGAGGAGGAGCAGCCGGGCGCCGACGCCAAAGACUUCUUCAUCACCGUAGACAACCCCGAGAGUCAUGUGACAGCCAUCGAGACCUUCAUCAUGUACAGAGUGGUCACAAAGACGACACGGAGUGAGUUCGACUCCAGCGAGUACGAGGUGCGGCGCCGCUACCAGGACUUCCUGUGGCUCCGAGGUCGACUGGAGGAAAGCCACCCCACGCUCAUCGUCCACCCGCUGCCGGAGAAGUUUGUGAUGAAAGGCAUGGUGGAGCGCUUCAACGACGGCUUCAUCGAGACCAGGAGGAAAGCCUUGCACCGCUUCCUCAACAAGAUCUCAGAGCACCCGGUCCUGUCCUACAGCCAGCACUUCAAAGUCUUCCUGACCGCACAGGAGCUGACGUCCCACAGGAAACAGGGUCCGGGCUUCCUGAGCAGGAUGGGGGAGACGGUCAGGGCCGUGGCUAACUCUGUCCGAGGCCUGAGGAGCCGUCCAGAGGAGUUCAGCGUCAUGCAGGAGUACGUGGACCACUUCAGCACCAAGAUCUGCUCUGUGGACAAAGUCACCCAGAGGAUCAUCAAGGAGCAGAGAGAGUACCUGGACGAACUGAGGCAGUACGGGCCUACCUACACCCAGUGGGCGGAGCUAGAGGAGGACCUGGCCGAGCCUCUGAAGGGCGUGGCCGACUGCGUGGAGCGCUGCAGUCAGGAAACAGAGGAGCAGAUCCAGCAGCUGUCUGAGGUUCUGGUGCCGGCGCUGCACGAGUACGUCCUGUGUGCGGAGACACUGAAGGCUGUGAUGAGGCGCAGAGACAACAUCCAGGCGGAGUUUGAGGCAAAAAACGAGGCCCUGGCAUCCAGAAAAGCAGACCAAGACGCACUGCAGGAGGAGGUGGACGGUCUGGCAGAGCGGGUGGAGGUGGCCAACACCACCCUGAAAGAAGACUGGAGCCGCUGGCAGAAGGCCAUGAGGACCGACCUCAGAUCAGCUCUGAUUUCUACCACCGAGAAGAACGUGGACUACUACGAGAAGUGCCUGGCUGUGUGGGAGUCCUUCCUGUUGUCUCUACGAGUGGAACCCAGUGGACAGGAGAAUGGAGACGGAGCUUCAUAGAGGAGCUGUCCAUCACCUCCUCCUCCACCUCCUCCUCCUCCUCCUCCCCCAGCAGAAGUCCAAACCUGAUGUGUGUCCACCCCACCCCACCCCCCCUUCUGUCCUCCCAUUCUCUGCAUUCCAGUGAUGACUGUAGGUCAUUCAAACACACACACUGUGAUCCAAAUACCGUACGUUCGUGUUUACACCAUCGUGGCCAAAUGAAACGCUGUUCCUUUUGUAAUCAGACGCAGUUACUUCUCAAACAUUUCAGUGCAGAAUAUCUGUGUCCCAGCGUACGCACCAGACCAAAGCAGAACCCAAACUACUGCACGUGUCAUCCUUUUACCGCCUCCAGAACUGGACCACGUUAGAGUAGAAACGAACCAAAACCUGCCAAAACCUCCUGCCGUGCCUCGUGGUCCAGUGAAUACACGUCCGUCAGUCGUUGGAUAAUUUCACCUGUAAAAGCCACAGCGUGCUCUGCAGCUUUAAGACGACUUUGAGGCCACAUUUUUAAGGCCCUGAUUUGCUCCUUCAUAAUUUUAUCCACAUUAAAGUUCAGUUUUGUUGAGACGCACGUGUGCUGGAGCCUGUGCGGUAAAUGUGACGCUAACGCCAGCCGCUUCACCCGUUUUACUCCACGCUGCACUACAUCCACUGUCAGUCAUCUGAGUCGAAUAUCUGCACUUCUUUGUAUGUUUAUUACCACAUAAGUCACAGGUGUCAAACAUGCGGCCCAGGGGCCAAAUCCAGCCCACCAAAGGAUCCAGUCCGACCCCUGGGAUGAAUUUGUGAAAUACAGGGUGUCCCAUGAGUCUUCAUACAUA